AGGAGCCGAAUUUCCGCCGGGGCGGAGCCCAGGUCAGGUCCGACGGCUGCUGUCUUAAGCUCUACCCAGGACCCGCGCUGACCCCAUCCUUCCCAGGCCCGAGGUCACUAAACUGACGCCACCCCCACCCCAAGAUUAGGAUCACUGGUGAAAACUCCCCUGGUCGGGCUCAUCCCCAGAGCCAGGCACAACGCCAGGCGCAAUAUUUGUGGAAAUGAACCAAUGGGAAGUUGUGGAGAGGAGGACGGGUGACGCGGACCUGCAUCGUGCAACCCGCAGCGGACUCUGAACUGCGAGCCCCGACUUCACUUCCGCCGCCUGGAAGCCCCGGGGCUUAGCCCACUAGGCGCCGCCGUUUGUCCCAGGAUGCUCCGCGCAGGUCGCGUCCGGUGAUUGGCUGCGCUGCUCCACGUGGUGCCAGGCAGGCGGCGGCGGUUGCCGGGGCGACGGCUGGACAAGGGGCGGCCGGGCAGGGAAGGAGCGUGUGCCCGCGUCAGAGCAGCAGAGAUUUUUGCGGUGAGAAUUAACAGUAACGGUUCAAUAUGGGGGACAUUCUGGCUGAUGAAUCAGAAUUACUUGGACUAGUGAACGAGUAUUUAGAUUUUGCCGAAUUUGAAGACACCUUGAAAACAUUUUCAAAAGAAUGCAAAACAAAAGGAAAACCGUUGUCUAAAUCAGCAUGUGGCUCUUUAAGGGACUCCAAAUCAUCGAUAAUCCAGAAGGACCUCCUUGCUGCGUUUGACAGUGGAGACCAGAAGGUGUUCUUCGAUUUGUGGGAGGGGCACAUUCCCAGUUCCAUCCGGGCUGGCGACUCCCUCGCCCAGAAGUUGGAAUUCUACCUUCACAUCCAUUUUGCCAUCUAUCUUCUGAAACACUCCACAGGGAGACCUGACAAAGAGGAACUGGAUGAAAGGAUUUCUUAUUUCAAGACCUACCUGGAGACCAAAGGGGCAGCGCUGAGCCAGACCACGGAGUUCCUCCCUUUCUACGCCCUGCCUUUUGUUCCCAAUCCCGUGGUACACCCCUCAUUUAAAGAGCUUUUCCAGGAUCCUUGGACUCCAGAAUUAAAGUUGAAGUUGGAAAAGUUUCUGGCUUUAAUUUUUAAAGCCAGUAACACGCCGAAGCUUUUAACAUUAUAUAAGGAGAAUGGACAAAGCAACAAAGAAAUGUUGCAGCAGCUCCACCAGCAGCUGGUAGAAGCUGAGCGUAGGUCAAUGACGUACUUGAAACGGUACAAUAAGAUCCAGGCGGACUACCACAAUCUCAUCGGAGUCACAGCAGAGCUGGUGGAUUCUCUGGAGGCCACAGUCAGUGGCAAGAUGAUCACACCCGAGUACCUGCAGAGCGUCUGCGUCCGCCUCUUCAGCAACCAGAUGCGGCAGAGCCUGGCGCGCAGCGUGGACUUCACGAGGCCCGGCACGGCUUCAACCAUGUUAAGAGCCUCCUUGGCACCCGUGCAAUUGAAGGAUGUCCCAUUACUGCCCUCCUUGGAUUAUGAGAAACUGAAGAAGGAUUUGAUUCUGGGGAGUGACCGCUUGAAAGCCUUCUUGUUGCAGGCUCUGCGCUGGCGCUUGACCACAUCGCACCCUGGAGAGCAGAGGGAGACCGUUCUGCAGGCCUACAUCAGCAACGACCUCUUGGACUGUCACAGCCAUAGCCAGAGGAAUGUGCUGCAGCUGCUGCACUCAAAGAGCGAGGUGGUGCGGCAGUACACGGCCAGGCUCGUCAACGCUUUCGCGUCCCUGGCAGAAGGUCGCCGCUACCUUGCCCAGAGCACGAAGGUGCUGCGGAUGCUGGAAGAAAGGCUGAAGGAGGAAGACAAGGACGUCAUCACCCGGGAGAAUGUUCUCGGGGCCUUGCAGAAGUUCAGCCUCAGGCUGUUUCAUCCUAGGCGCCCACUGCAGACAGCGAUGAUUCGAGACGGCCUCCUCUUCUGGCUGAUUGACGUCUUGCAGGAGCCCGACUGCCUGUCUGACUACGCGCUCGAGUACUCGGUGGCCCUGUUCAUGAACCUCUGCCUCCGGAGCACAGGGAAGAACAUGUGUGCCAAGGUGGCGGGCCUCGUGCUGAAAGUUCUUUCGGAUCUGCUCGGCCAUGAAAACCACGAGAUACAGCCGUAUGUGAAUGGAGCUCUGUACAGCAUCCUUUCUAUUCCAUCCAUUCGUGAAGAAGCAAGAGCAAUGGGAAUGGAAGACAUCCUUUGCUGCUUCAUCAAAGAAGGCAAUGCUGAAAUGAUCCGCCAGAUUGAAUUUAUCAUCAAGCAGCUUAAUUCAGAAGAGCUAUUGGACAGUGUUCUUGAAUCUGAUGAUGACGAAGAUGAAGAUGAUGAAGAGGACCAUGACACUAUGGAAGCUGAUCUGGACAAAGAUGAACUGAUCCAGCCCCAGCUUGGAGAGCUCUCAGGCGAGAAGCUUCUGACCACGGAGUACUUGGGAAUCAUGACCAACACGGGCAAGGCGAGGCGGAAGGGGGCGGCCGGCGUGCAGUGGGGCGGCCCCGAGCCCCUGCGCCGGCCCGUCACUCCCGGCGGCCCCAGGACCGGGUACCCAGCGCUGGAAGACCAUCCCAUCUCUCCCCAGAUGGCCAAACAUGCCAGAAACAGCUGCCUCCCAUCUCUGCCAAAUGCCCACCUUCCAGUCUGCAAGGGGGUCAUGCCUGGUGCUCCCGAGCCUUGCACUUCCUCUUCAUCCACCAUCGACGCCAAGUCGGGAGAGUGGUUGCCAGCAGGACGUCGGGGAGAGCCUCACCUGCCCCCAGCGGGGGGCCCGAGCCAGCCUAGGGAGGUGCCCUAUGCCCUGGACAGUGGCGAGACCACCAGGCCCCUUCUUUCAGAUCGGAGGAAGCCUGCUCAGGGGGAGGGGCCCGGCUCUGGACUCAGACCCAGCCUGUCUCCCGACCGCCGCCCACCACUUCCUCCUGGUCACAGAGCGCCCUGCCGGCUGAGCGUGUCACCAUAGACAAGCCAAGCUCGUGCACUAAAACACUGGGCUAGAGUCAUGGUGAACAUGACUACGCCUGCAGUCUCUGAAGUAGAGGGAUCCUGCCAUGGUGACUGGUCAGGCCUCCCACGCCCCACCUUCCCGUAGAACAGGGAAGGACUGUGUCUACAGGGUCACCCUAACCUCAGCUGUGGUCACGGCUGACUGGCCCAGAUCAGCAGCUCCGGCAGCAGCGGGGCCUCGGGGAGCUGGGUGAAGCAGUGGGAGGGCCCGCAUUCCAGGUCCCCGAGGCCUGAAGCCACCCACCCCCUGCAGAAGUGGCUGGGGAGUCAGAGAUGACCGGCAGAAGCCCUAGCAGAGCGGCACCCACUGGGGCAGGCGGUGACCCUGCACCUUUCUUUCCUGCUGUGUGGCGAUGAGCCGGAAGGACUCUGGGACCUGCACUGGGGAGGGGGGCAGUCCUGGAUGUCUCUACCGGGCCGAGGGCGUAAAAGAUGGUGAGCCCGAGGCUCACUGUGUGGUCACGUGCUCCGUGACUGUCUCCCGCUCUCCUCAAAGACAGAGGCCAUGAGCGGGGUGUUUGUCCCUGUGUUCCCACACCUGGCCCAGAGCAGGCGCUCAAAAUAGGCAAUGGAUGGAUCCUCAGGAGAAAGGGAGAGAGAGUUGCUCUCUGUCUGGCUUGACAACUCCUCUCUCUCGGUCUGUAGCGGGGAGGGCAGCCCCUGGCCCCGGAAGAUGAGUUGGCUGGGUGGGCCCUUGCUUGCGGCAGAAGGAAGGCCCUGGAGCUCUGGGCGUGGGUCAUUGGUAGACAGAAUGAUAGCCCUCGUUGCUUAGCCCCAACUUUGAGGUGGUGUAAAGAUGAUUGCAGCCCUGUGGCUUCCAGCAACUGGUCUUGCUGUGCAAUUGCCUUCCUGGAAAAGCCAGGAGUAAAAAUGUUCGGACCCCACCAUCCCACACCUCCCCAAAGCCAAGUUCUCCUUUUCUUUUUUCUAUCCGCUUAGCUUUGAGUAGCUGUUAACCAGGCUGUGAAAAUGCAUUUUUUUUAAAAAAAGCAUUUAUCCCAAGAAGAGCCACGGCCCUCCCCCAGGAAAUCUGUCGGCCCAGACCUGGGGGGGCCGACCUGCACCUUGGAACGUGCAGCAUUGCUUUCCAGCCGUCACCUCCGGGAGGGUGAGGGGCCUUGCUGCCCAGACUGUCACGUGGCCUUGCCGACCCGUCGGCCGCCAGCCAUCUGCGGAGGCCCCGCUCUGCGCGGUGCUGGCACACAGUCCUGCAGAGGAGCCCAGCCCGACGGGGAGGGCGUUUGCCCGGACGCUCCCUCUGGGUGGCCCGAGGGCAGUGGGCUCCUCCGGGUGGAGCUCUCACUGCCGCACAGACAUCCACCAGUGCAGACCCAGAUCGGAAGCAAGCAGGGUCAAAGCUCCUGUCCAGCCACAUGUAUUGUGGCUUUUAAAAAAUAAGGAAGAGGGCUUCCCUGGUGGCGCAGUGGUUGAGAGUCUGCCUAC